UUUUGGGUCUUUUUUUACCUUUUAGCCAUAAUCUUAGCUUCUAAAGCAAAGUUGGUUAUAGCAGCAGUUUGAAAAGCAGUGAUACUUGAGUCUGUCAGAGAGAGUUAAAAGCCGGAUUGAUGGUUCCAGUGUGGUUAAAAAGUGAUAAGCAAUCAUCUCUUGAAAAAUAGGUUUUACUCAUACAGUAAUUUGCUAGCAUGGGAUUUUGCAUCCCUUUCUUCCUUGUUAAAAAGUUUGCCUUGGAUUUCAAAUGGUCAGAUCUUUAAGUUACAGGAUACGCAAAGCAAAGUGAACUGAACUUCUAAUUGUAUUUGCCUGUUCUUAAGUUAAAUAUCCAGAAAGGUUUACUCUCUUAAGUGGCCUUUUUAAAAUAAAAAUAUUUUCAGAUAGCUCUCUAAACUUCUGCAAGCAAAUAUGCAUUCUUUAAAUAUUGUAUUUGUUUUAUUGUUGGCAUGUGAAGAGGUUUAAAGCAGUUACCUUUAAAAAAUAUUCUGAUACUUAAAGAGCUGAAAUGAGACACCAAAACUUAGAUGAACAAAUUGUUUAAAAAUUAGAUGACAAAACAGUCACACAGUUCUUAAAAUAAUAUUUUUUAGUCUUGAAUUUAGGCACUUUUUUCCUGUUUGGAAAAAGUUUGCCAAGGAAGUGUUUUUGAAAGGUUAUACUUAAUCUCUUUUUAAUUACAAGAUGUCAGUAACAAAAAAAGUUGUCUGGAAGGAUGUGGUUUUUCCCCAUCCCUUGCUUUAAGUCACGGCAUUUAGAACAUGUAACUUCUUAUUUUCUUGGAAGAAGAAAUCAUCAUCAGUAUACCUCUAGUGAUGGCUGUGUUGUCUCAUUUUCUUUAAGUUGGCUGUUAAUAAAAAUGUGGGACAGUAUCCCACAGCUUCCAUAAGUGGCUUUUGGUCUAUAACCAGUGUAUAUUAACUACUUAGAGCUCAUUCCAGUUAGCUCAGAGAUGCACACUGAGAGCUGUUGAUGACUUGGUCCACUCCUAUCGGCACGUCCCAGAGGCCUUUAUUCCAGAAUGAAAAUGAAUACAGUUUCGUCAGCGGCAGCUCUCUCCUGGCCUUCUCUGAAAGGGAGACAAAAAAGAGGGGAAAAAAAAUCCCCAAACCCCUACCUUAAUGCAGUGACAGAAGUAGCCUACUUAAUAGGAACAUUUAUGCAGGUUUACUGCCUUGCUGGGAAAAGAUGAGACAGGAUCUCUGUAAAGCAAGACUUGGAGAGCCAGUCUAACAGUACCUUGUAUAGCUUUUUACAGAUGGCGUUGGAAAGACUUGGACAUCAAACAGGCAAACCUGAAUUUAGCAAGUUAAUAGUUUGCCUGUGGUGAAUGCUUGUUGUAACCUAGUUGUUUGAAAUAUCUCUUUAGGCUAAAGCUUAAACUAAUGUUGCAUUUCAGACUACCUUAUUAUAAAUAUUGUUCUUGUACUGCUGAGUUAUUAUCUCUAACAGAAACACCACAGACUUGCAGUGGAUUUGCCAGUUAAUUCUUGAUUAAUUUUAAGUUGAAUUCCAUUUUCAUGGUUGCAGAAUCCAAUUCCUUUAUAUUUUUGUUAGUUGCAGAUGGUUGUGAGUCACUGUUCAGUUUUCUUGCUUUUCUUCCCUGGUGAGGUGGCUCAGCAACAGAACUCUGGCAGAAAGCUCAUUCCAGCGCAGGAAUUGUGUUCUUCAUAGUCCCAUAGACGGGAACUGAAUCAUGGAAAACAGUUCUCAGGAAGCAAGUAGAGAUUUUUGCCCAGUACUGUUUUCAUCCUCUGCUUGCCUCCAAGUGUGCUGGGAUUAAAAAUAGGAGUUGAAAAAAGUCAAGACAUAUUUUCUUCAUCAGUCUUCCGUGACCGUAUGUUCAGAAUGAAACGAGGAAGGAAAACUAAUGAGGCCAACAGCAGUUCGUCUGAAGACACAACUGAGAAGGAAUCCAAGAGACACAAGGUUGUAGAGAAAAAAACCACAGUUGUGCAGAGUCCUGACUGGGCAAAUCUGCUCCAAGACAUUAUCCUGCAGGUAUUCCAGUACUUGCCACUUCUGGAUCGUGCUCAUGCAUCCCAGGUCUGCAGGAGCUGGAACCAAGUGUUUCAUAUGCCUGAUCUCUGGAGGUGCUUUGAGUUUGAACUGAACCAACCAGCCACAUCGAACCUGAGAACUACACACCCUGAACUAAUCAAGCAAAUAAUAAAGAGGCAUUCCAAUCACCUGCAGUAUGUUAGCUUCAAGGUGGACAGUAGCAAGGAAUCUGCAGAAGCAGCUUGUGAUAUUUUAUCACAGCUUGUGAAUUGCUCUCUGAAAACACUUGGGCUAAUUUCAACUGCCCGGCCAAGCUUCAUGGAUUUACCAAAGUCUCACUUUAUUUCUGCACUGACAGUGGUGUUUGUGAACUCCAAAUCCCUCUCUUCACUUAAGAUUGAUGACACACCAGUAGAUGAUCCAUCUCUCAAGGUCCUGGUGGCUAACAACAGCGACACGCUCAAACUGUUGAAAAUGAGCAGUUGUCCUCAUGUUUCUCCAGCUGGUAUCCUUUGUGUGGCUGACCAGUGCCACGGCUUGCGUGAGCUGGCGCUGAACUACCACCUGCUGAGCGAUGAGCUGCUGCUUGCUUUGUCUUCUGAGAAACACGUCAGGUUAGAACACUUGCGCAUUGAUGUUGUGAGUGAGAAUCCCGGACAGACUCAGUUCCACACCAUUCAGAAGAGCAGCUGGGACGCUUUCAUCAAGCAUUCUCCUAAAGUAAACCUAGUCAUGUACUUUUUCUUGUAUGAGGAGGAGUUUGACCUGUUCUUUCGUUACGAGAUACCUGUCACUCACCUUUACUUCGGAAGGUCGGUCAGCAAGGACGUGCUCGGCCGCGUUGGGAUGACGUGCCCGCGGUUGGUUGAACUGGUGGUGUGUGCCAAUGGAUUACGGCCGCUGGACGAGGAGCUGAUCUGCAUCGCGGAGCGGUGCAAGUACCUGUCGGCCGUGGGCCUCGGGGAAUGUGAAGUCUCUUGCAGUGCCUUCGUUGAGUUUGUGAAGAUGUGUGGCGGUCGCCUCUCUCAGCUCUCUGUUAUGGAGGAAGUUCUGAUUCCUGAUCAGAAAUACAGCUUAGAGCAGAUUCAUUGGGAAGUUUCAAAGCAUCUUGGUAGAGUCUGGUUCCCAGACAUGAUGCCCACUUGGUAAAGUCCUUAAAAGACUCCAGGGCGAAUGGAGUAGCACCUUAAAUGCAAGCUUAUCAUAUUGCAAUUUCCUGUAUAAGCUUAUUUAAUAAUAUAAAUUUUAUUGCAAGUCAAUUAAUGGUUUGAUUAGAAAUUUAGUUGUUCUUUCAAAACAUAUUUUGGAACUUAAGAACCACAAAUAGAGUUCCCAGCUCCAAAACCUGUUUUUAUCCAAACUAAAUUCAGGUUUCUGUUUUAGAUUUCUUCUUUGUCGCUAAAAGUGACCUCAGACAUUUUUGGAAAUAAAAAUUAUUUAAAAUAUUGAAAUGUAUUUGCAAAAUACCAGUUUUAAUAUCCUGAUUUUCCUUGAAUUAGAUUAGUAGUAUUGGACACAAUCAUAUUUGAUCUUAAAAAGCCAAACAAAACCCCACCAAAAUUGCAUGCUUUUGUUGCAGACUGUAGCAUAUCUAAAUCCAGUCACCCCAAUGACAAUUAAAAGAAGUGUUUAGUUGCCUGGGAAGUACACACAUUCUGUUAAGUCAUAAAGGCAAGAGCAAUACACAAUAGUAAGUUCAGACUUCUAAAGCAGUAAGUUUUACCACCUUAUUCAACAGAUUAUUAGAUCCAUCUAAAAUGUAUUUAGAGUGUUAACCAGUAGCGUGAGCUACCAAAAAUGAUGUGGGGUUUUUUUCUACCCUCUAUGCAUUUUAAUGUAGUUUGCUUAUGGGGUCUCUGAUCUGCGUCUAAACCUGUUUUAAGGUAUUUUAUGUCUAGCUCAGGAAGCGAAAGCAUUCUUGGGAAAAAUGUAGAUACAUUGUAUUUAAAACCGCACUGGAGGUAAUGAGCUUUUGUUGCACAUUAACCGGUUUGGCAGCAUAUGGUGAGAUGGAAUAAUGUAUGGUUUGUGAAAUGAACCCAGCAAUGUUAUUCUGAUGACGUGGCGGAGAGCAGUGUGAGGUGAGAAAGGUAAAAUUUGAAUCUUGACCAAGGACCUUUUCACAAAACCUUAGACUUUUUGGCUGCUUUCAGUUUUACAGAAAUGACAUUGGAACAGUUGCUUAAGCUGUAUAAACUAACUGUAUACUGUAAAUCUGUUUCAGAAAUGUUUAUGUAUAAAGUGAAUGUUUGAUAGAUAAUAAUUUUUGUAUACCUUUAAUUCAGCUAGUUCUGUCAUUUCAUAAUAUUUAACAACCCAAAAGGAGUAGAUUUGGUGAAGUAGAGCAAUAGGCAAAAAUUUGUUUCGACCAUUUGAUAAAUCAGUUUUAUUAAAGGAAGUUUUUAGUUCGUAAGUAUUGUAGGCAAGACACUGCCUGUAAUCUGGAUGUGGCUUGUGACUUCAUUUCUUACUGCCAACAAGUAUUUUCUCCUUGAGGUUACGGUUGGUAACACUGAAGUGUUGCCCAGACAGCUGCAUGUUUGAGAGAUGUGGUCAGCCCUCAGCAAGGCAGAGCUGCCCCUGUGGGCCAGGUUGAGCUUAGCUGGUGGCUGCUUCUCACUUGAGCUGUACAGCCCCUUCUGGUAGUAAGUAGAUGUCCUUCAUCUCUGAUUUCAGUCAUGUUUAUCCAAGUGCAUAAUUUAGUGUAAUACACUUAUGAGUGUAUUUAAGUUCACACUAUAUUUUGAGCAAACGAUGCUCAGCGGACUGGACAUCUUUAUAGGGAAAUUGUAUGUUUCUGUAGAGCUUUGAUUUAAAAAUUGCAUUUUAUGAAAUAUGCGGUUUUUGUAUUAGAAUUUGUUAAAUUAAUGUAAUACUAUAAUUUGCUUUUAUUUGUACAAAAGGUGUCAAUAUAUUUAGUCCGUGAAAGUAAAAAA